AUGUCUCUGAAGAAAGACUCCUUCCCAGCCUCCGCUGCCUUUGACGUGAUCAACCAGGCCCUGCAGUCCGAUGAUGCCGAGCGCAAGGACGCCAUCAACAAGGCCAAGGCGAUCGUCAGCUUCAACCUGAAGAAUGAAAAGGGCGAAGAGGCCAGUUGGUAUCUCGACCUGAAGAACAAGGGCGAGGUGGGCCAGGGCGCCGCCCCCGCUGGCGGCAAGGCUGACGUCACUCUUACUUUGUCGGACGCGGACUUCGAGUCCCUGGUGAAUGGCAAGGCCAAUGCUCAGCGCCUGUUCAUGGGCGGCAAGCUCAAGAUCAAGGGUAACAUUAUGAAGGCCACCAAGAUGGAGCCCAUUCUGAAGAAGGCCCAGGGCAAGGCCAAGUUGUAA